ACGUCCUUCUUCUCAAUCACAGUUGGAAGAGGAGGCAAUUCAAGUUUAUUAGCAUCUAGACAGGUGGGAGAAGGAGAGAGUCAUAAUAUUACUGUACUUAUUAGUUCACAGUCGUCCUCUGGUGUGACCGGUUCGAGCGGGAUCGACCUAGUCUCGCAAUUUUAUUAAGUGUCAGCUAUCUACUACGUACGCGCGAUUCUAUCUUGAUUUAAUUUUUCUACAUAUGAAAUAUUGUUUGACCACAUUGUUUCAUUAUUUAAAAGGCAUCCUCAAAAUUAGAUAGUUGACCUCGAGAAUCAUUUUUAUCUAAGAAAGGAUCCUUGAAUUUUAAUUGUGCAUAGUUAUUAACAGACAUGAAAAAUAUGAAUAUUUUACGAGGAAGUUUUAUACACGCAUAGUUUGUACAGUUAUAAGAAAAGGAGAAAAUAACAAUCGUUAUGGCGAGUCGUUUGUGGAAAACAUUAUCACGCAAACGUGUUGACGAUGAUCAAGGAGGUAAAAGUGAGCUGGCAAGAGUCCUCAAUAUCUUUGAUUUAACUGCCCUUGGAGUCGGGGCUACCCUUGGUUUAGGCGUAUAUGUCCUUGCCGGAAGUGUUGCCAAAGAAACGGCCGGACCAGCCGUUUGUAUUUCUUUUCUUAUUGCUGCCAUUGCUUCUGCCUUUGCUGGAAUGUGUUAUGCAGAAUUUGCCUCAAGAGUACCAAAAGCAGGAUCAGCUUAUGUUUACAGUUAUGUAACAGUUGGCGAAUUUAUAGCAUUUGUCAUAGGAUGGAAUUUAAUAUUGGAAUAUGUUAUAGGUACAGCGAGCGUUGCUCGAGGUCUUAGUAAUUAUAUCGAUGCUUUAAUAGGAAAUGUUAUGGGGAAAACAUUGUAUUCAAUUAUGCCAAUAGAUAUAUCUUUUUUAUCAGAAUAUCCUGAUUUCUUUGCAUUUGGCAUGGUCAUGUUACUCGUUCUUUUACUUAGCAUAGGAGUUAAGGAAUCAUCUUUUUUGAAUAAUAUAUUCACUAUUAUCAAUAUCGUUACGAUUAUCAUCGUUAUAGUAGCGGGUGCUAUUAAAGCUGAUCCUAAAAAUUGGAACAUUUCGGUAGAAGAUAUUCCCAAAAAUGUAACCCACGGUGGUAAUGGAGGUUUUAUGCCAUUCGGAAUAAGCGGUGUAAUGGCAGGUGCAGCUAAAUGUUUUUAUGGUUUUGUGGGUUUCGAUGCUGUUGCAACGACUGGCGAAGAGGCAAAGAAACCACAACGUGAUAUACCCUUAGCCAUUGUUUUAUCUCUCGCUAUUAUUUUGGCUGCAUAUUUCAGUAUUUCUACAGUACUGACCAUGAUGUGGCCAUAUUAUGAUCAGAAUGCAGACGCACCAUUUCCUUAUGUUUUUCAACAAAUUGGGUGGCCGGUCAUUCAAUGGAUCGUUAAUAUUGGAGCUAUUUUUGCAUUAUGUACGAGUUUACUAGGUGCUAUGUUUCCCUUACCACGUGUAUUAUAUGCUAUGGCAAGUGAUGGAAUCAUAUUUAUGUGGCUUUCUAAAGUACAUUCCAAGACCAUGACACCUAUUUUGGGUACAGUACUUUCUGGACUACUUGCUGGAAUCAUGACUCUUUUUUUUAAUCUUCAACAAUUAAUCGACAUGAUGUCUAUUGGAACACUAUUAGCAUAUACAGUGGUAGCAAUAUCAGUAUUAAUACUAAGGUAUCAAAAAGAUGAUGUACCUGAAAUAACAAUGAACGAUUAUAAAUUUACAGCAUUAAAUAUAUUCAAGCAAACAUUUAAUUUAAACAAUCAUAAAGAACCAUCGCAUAUUUCUAACGUAGUUUCCAAAUGUAGCAUAGCUAGUUUUAGUCUCAUCGUAUUUAUACUCAUUCUUAUAUUAAACAACACUGAAUUUAAUAUGACAGACGACAACGUGAUAGUAUUUGUAAUAAUGAUAAUACUUAUUUUUAUAAUAAUAUUAAAUGUAGCAUCCAUUGGUAGACAACCAGUUCAACAAAUCGAACUAUCUUUCAAGGUUCCAUUAGUCCCAUUAAUACCAUGCUGUAGCAUUUUUAUAAAUCUUUAUUUGAUGUUACAACUAGACAUGUUUACAUGGAUUAGAUUUAUCGUGUGGAUGUUGAUCGGUUUUUUUAUUUAUUUGUUUUACGGAAUUUCUCACAGUGUUCAAGGAAAAAAAAAUAAAAUAGAGGAUAAAAUAAUGAAACAAAAAAAUGCAGAUCACAGUAGAAUCGUAACGAAAUUUUAAAUCUACAAUAACAUUAUAUAAUAAAUAUAAGUUCACAGCAACGUAAAAUCAUAAAAUAAGAUUUAAAAAAAACUCGUUUACAUAAUUAUUUGUAAUAUUUUCAAUUAUCAUAUUUUAUAUAAAAUAAUUAAGAUUAUUGUGAUAUAUUUCUAUCGUGGCAUUAAUUUAUAUAAAAAAUAUAUGCGUUUUCAUACAAAAAUUGUGAAGAAGUAAAUGAUAUUGAUAUUACAUUUUAAAAGACUCAAAAAAUGUAUAUUAUUUAUUAUAUUCUGUCCUAACAAUUUUCCAAUUGCAAAA